AUGUCUUAAGUUCAAUUUCAUUAGGAAUUAUCUGGACAAUCCUCCAAAUCUCCUUUUAAUUAGUAAGGCUAGAAAAGUUUGAAUUAAUUUUCUAUUGAUUUUUUUAUUGAAAGUAGAUUCAUUACUUAAGAAGAUUUAAAAUCAAUUUUAGAGGAUGUGAGAGUAAUUAAAUUCAAAAUAAAUUUUAGUGUUUAUAUAAUGUUUAAUCAAUAAAGCUGAAUCCAUAGAAUUAAAUUCCAGCUUUGGAUGGAUCAGCAUUUUCUAUAAUUGAUCAUGAUGAAAAUAAAUUAAAUGCUAGAAGUGAUGCAGUUAAUAAAAUACUAUAAUUAAUAGAAGAAAGAAGUAAACAAAAAUUGGAAGUUUUUAUGUUGAUACCUGAAGGUAAAUUGAAUAAUUAUAGCAUAGGAACUGUAUCAACUGUGAUUGGAACUUAAGGAAAAUAAAUAGAAUACAUAAAAUUAUAGACCAAAGCUCAUCUAGUAGUUAAUUAACCAAUUUAUGAUUUCCAAUUAAGAACAGUAAGAAUUAUUGGUAAAUAUUAUAUUAAUAAAAUAUUUAGGUGAGUCUUCUUGCAUAUUUAAUGCAAUUAAGUUAAUAAUAAAGUAAUUAUAGGAAAGAGGAAUUUCAAAUGAAGAUUAUGCUAAGAAAGCUGAACCUUUAGAUCCAAGAAGAGUUAUGACAAAAGUAUUUUUAAUUAAUAUUAGAGGCUAAAUUUGUAUUUUUGAAUCUGAUAAUAGAAUAUAUAUUAAAUAAUAGAGAGUUAGAGAAAAAAUAUUCAGUAAGAUUGAAGGGGAAAGGAAUAAAUGAAAUAAAAAUAAAAGUAUAAUAUAUAAGAUAGAUAGAAAAAUAAAUUGAGAAAGGAUGAAGGAAUUUUAUAAAUUGAUGGAACAUUAUUUAAUGUUUAAGAGGCUAUAUAAAAUAUAAUAAAGAAAGUGACUUAAUAUUUUAGAAAGAAUGAAUUUGAUAUCAGAAUAGUUAUGCCUUCUAACUUUGCAUCUAAACUAAUAGGAGCGAGUAAAGAAUGAAUUGAUUUUAUAAAUAGAAGGAUGUUAAAUUAAAGAAUUAGUUAAUAAAGCUAGAGGAGCUUAAAUAAAGGUGCUUUCAGAUAAGGAUGAUAGUGAUGUUAAUUUAGGUUAUAAUCCUUUAGAAUUUUAGAUUGUUUAGUAUAAGUGUCAGGAUCAAUGGAAAAUAAGUAGGAAGCAACAAUAUUGAUUUUGGAAUAAAUAGAAUGCUUCAAAAAUGGUGGCCCUGUAUAUAAAUAAUUUAUAAGAUCCUUGAAAGUGGAAAGUACGUAAAUGAAAACUUUGCUUAAUAAUAUAAAAACUCAGUGUAGAUCUAAGAUAUGAAACAAUAAAAGUUUUUAUGGAUAAUUAAUUAAGUAGACAUAAAUCAUCCUCUUCACGUUCAGACAGAAGACAAAGAUCAAGAUCCUCAAAUAAAAGAUAAAAAAAUCUAAGAAGAUCUAGAUCAUCUAGGUAAUUAAUAAAUAUAACUAAGUUCUUAAAAGCGUAAAUCAAAAUAGUAAUUACUUAAAACUUAAAUUAUUGUUAAGUAAUCUCUAAUUCCAUUAAUACAUAAAAAAUUAAAUCGAUUUUCCUAGGAUUUAAAUGUUAAGAUAAAGAUUUAACCUUCAGUAUUAAUAUAUAUAUUGAUCUAUAGGAUAUAGGAUAUGAAUCAAUUGUCAAAAUAAGUGGAGAUGUUAGAGGUAGUAUAUCUGUUAUUUAAUUUAUAUUAAGUGAGUAAUCUAAAUUAUCAAUAUCUAAGAGAUGA